CCAAACCGCAGGUGACAAGCUCCGGGAGGCAGGUGUCCGCACGGCGGGGAACAAUAAAGUUGAACCGAUUCAAACGGGUCCUUGUCUUCGGGGGCCUAUUGGAUAUGCCUGUAGAUUUCGCGUGCUUACAAACUCCCUGUUUUCAAAGCUCGUUCUCGCCUUGGUCAGUUUUUUUCCCUCUCCCUCUUGCUGUAAAAGUCCCGAGACGAACUGCGUAGGCGUGGGCAGGCGGAAAGCGUUUCGGGUGCGGGCGGCGCGGGCAUCGCGGCAGCCAGCCCCGACGAGGACCCCGACUCACGUGGAGGAGUGGAGGUGGCGGCGGCGGCGGCGGCGGGGAGACGCCAUGAAGCCCAGGCCCGGAGGCUUCGUAGAUAAUAAGCUGAAGCACCGCGUCAUCCAGUACCUCUCCAGUAACAGAUGUGGCAAAUAUGUGGACACUGGUGUCUUAGCAUCUGAUUUGCAGAGAAUGUACAGUAUAGACUAUGGUCGGAGGAAAAAAAAUGCUUUUAGGAUUCAGGUUGAAAAAGUGUUUAGCAUAAUCAGUAGUGAGAAAGAAAUGAAAGAUAUUACUGAAUUAGAAGAUGAACAUCUGGCGAAAAGAGCGAGACCAGGGGAGGAGGAGAAUGAGUAUGCCGAGAGCUAUUCUGAUGAUGAUUCAGAUAUGGAAGAUUACCCAAAUCAGCAGCCAGCAAACCUUAUGAAUAGUUCCCUGCUCUCCUUGUACCGGAAAGGAAAUCCCGACUCUGUGGCAGGUACUCCUGAAGUGGAGCCAAGAGGCAAAGCAGGCUCAGCAGGAGGCUCGGCACGCUCCGGUCCUUUGAAGACCCCUGCCAGAGGCUCCGAAGGAGGAUGGUUUAUUGACACAACGCCAGGUGGAAGGACAGAUGAUUUUUUCUCGGACUUAAUGGAUGAGAAAAGUAAUCAGAAGAAGUCAAUAUCUAAGAUAGAGGAUUCAAAAGAUUCUUUCCUGGAGAGUGAUAAAAAGGAGAAAGGCAGGCUAACGAGAAAAGGAAGCAAAAGGAAGAUAGAGCUUCAGGAAGUCGAUGGGGACAUAGGAGAUGGUCUGCAGAAGAAAGCCAAAGCCAGGGGGCUGGAAUUGCAGAUUUCCAAUGUGAAGUUUGAAGAUGUCGGAGGCAACGAUGCGACCUUAAAAGAAGUGUGCAAGAUGCUCAUCCACAUGCGUCACCCCGAGGUGUACCACCACCUAGGCGUCGUGCCCCCUCGCGGGGUCCUCCUGCACGGGCCGCCCGGCUGCGGGAAGACACUUCUCGCACAAGCAAUUGCUGGGGAACUUGAGCUUCCAAUUUUGAAAGUUGCUGCUACGGAGAUUGUGUCUGGAGUAUCUGGAGAAUCCGAGCAGAAGCUGAGAGAACUGUUUGAGCAAGCUGUGUCAAAUGCUCCCUGUAUCUUUUUUAUUGAUGAAAUUGAUGCUAUUACCCCCAAAAGAGAAGUUGCUUCAAAAGAUAUGGAACGAAGAAUCGUAGCCCAGCUUCUAACCUGCAUGGAUGAUCUGAAUAACAUGGCUGCCACCGCUCGGGUUCUGGUUAUCGGAGCUACCAAUCGACCGGACUCGUUAGACCCUGCUCUGAGACGGGCUGGAAGGUUCGACCGAGAAAUAUGCCUGGGUAUUCCUGACGAGGCCUCGAGGGAAAGAAUACUUCAGACUUUGUGCAGAAAACUAAGACUUCCUGAAGCUUUUCCGUUCCGCCAUGUGGCGCACCUGACGCCAGGCUUCGUGGGCGCCGACCUGAUGGCGCUGUGCCGGGAGGCAGCCGUGUGCGCCGUCAGCAGGGUCCUUCUGACGCUCCGGGAGCAGCAGCCAGAACCAGCAGCCGAGGGCUCGUCUCCAGGCGGGGCCCCGGAAGGAAGGCGGGGGGCAGAGCUCACACCCAAAGCACAGGAAGAGCUGCAGCAGCUGCUGGGGCUGCUCAGAAACCAAGACCCCCUCCCGGAGGAGCGUCUGCGGGGGCUGUGCAUCGAGAUGAAGGACUUCACAGCCGCCCUCUCCUCGGUGCAGCCUUCUGCCAAAAGGGAGGGCUUUGUCACUGUCCCUAAUGUGACGUGGGCGGAUAUUGGAGCCUUGGAAGAUAUCAGGGAGGAGCUCACCAUGGCCAUCGUGGCACCAGUCCGGAACCCAGAUCAGUUCAAAGCGCUUGGAUUAGUGACUCCCGCUGGCGUUCUUCUUGCUGGUCCUCCUGGCUGUGGGAAGACGUUACUGGCAAAGGCUAUUGCAAAUGAAUCUGGACUAAAUUUCUUAUCUGUGAAGGGCCCUGAGUUGCUAAAUAUGUACGUCGGCGAGAGCGAGCGAGCUGUGCGGCAGGUCUUUCAGCGCGCCAAGAACUCCGCGCCCUGCGUGAUAUUCUUCGAUGAAGUGGACGCCCUGUGCCCUCGAAGGUCAGACCGAGAGACAGGGGCAAGUGUGCGAGUGGUGAAUCAGCUUCUCACAGAGAUGGACGGUCUGGAGACGCGCCAGCAGGUGUUUAUCAUGGCAGCCACUAACAGGCCAGAUAUCAUUGACCCCGCCAUCCUGCGACCAGGCCGGUUGGACAAGACUCUCUUUGUGGGGUUGCCUUCCCCCACAGCUCGACUUGCCAUCUUAAAAACAAUCACAAAAAUGGCGCCCCAAGCACUGUCGGGGUGUUCCCUGAGCAGAGAGCCAAGAGGAAGCAAGAACCACCACUAGGUAUGGCCUUUAAAAAAAAAAAAUUUAAAAAGCAGGCUGGAGCUAAGGCAGCGUGUGGCAGGAGCAAAGAAGGCACGGAGAGGAACGUGCUCUCGGGUCUUGCUCAGCAGGACCUUGGAUUAGCAGAGCUGAGGGCAGAGAGGAAGGAAGGAGAACUCUCAUUUCAGCCGCUGUAACAGGACGCAGCAUUUUCGGAAAGGACUUGUGGGAUGAGGAGUCACAGUUACUUAAGUCCCAGGGGUGCCGUGUGGCCGGGAGGCCGGGACAGUCCUCAGGCUGGGCUCGGACACUGCUCUAGUUCAGCGCUGCUCUCAGGGGCGGUUUAACCUCUGCGCCCGCCCUCCGCUCCGUACCCCAGGGCGGUGUUGGGGGCCUGUGUGUGCAGCGCUGGGGUGACGCUGCUGCCCGUAGCAGAACAGCCCCACAGCCAGAGU